AUGCCUUUUAGAGUCAAAGGAAGAAGAUUCGUGACUGUCAGAUUUUCCAUUCUUCUUCUUCUUCUUCUUCUUCUCCUUUUCCCAACUUUUCUUUCUGUUACUUCCAUAACCACCUGCUUCCUUUUUUCCGUUUCUUCAGAUUCGACUUCGAUCUUUCUGUGCUGCUACGUCGCAAGAUUCAGAGGAGCACAGCUGAAAUAA